AUGACCGACAACAAGAAGCAACCCGACGAGAAACUGCCCUCCUACGAGGAGGCCACGCGCGCCCAGCCCGAGCCGCCGGCGCCGCCGCGCAGCCUACGCUACGUCCACCUGCCCAAUCCCCGCGGCAGCCCCAACUACCCUGGCCAGCACGUACUUUCCUACUCCGCGGACCACUCAGGCGUGUAG